UUCCAGUUUAAUAUGUCCCAGGACAUUAUAGUCUAUUGAUUAGUAUACAAAUGUUUUGUCACUCUGUGGGCCUUUUGUUAUACGUAUUAUUUAUUGUGUAUAAACAGUGUUAUCAAACAUGUCAAACGUUCAAUCCAUCGAUUCAUUGAGAGAAUUAUAUGCCAAGCUCUUAGCUGAGAUUGGUGAACUUAGGAAAAAGUUUGCUGAAAUUAAGGUCAAGAAUGAUGAGCUUAAGGACAAGAAUGCUGAGAUACCUGAUCUUAGAGGGAAGUUCGCUAAGCUUGAGGCUGAGCUUAAGGCCAGGGUUGCCGAGCUUCUAAAACAGGGUGUGGAAGAGAUGCCGAGAAUGCCAAGCUCAAGGCCAGAAUUGAGGAGCUAGAGAAAAAUAAGACAGAUACUAUUAAAUUUGUGCCCAUGAAUGCUAGGCAUGAUGUUAAGAUCGCUGAGCUUUAAGGCUGAAGUAAUGAAACUAAGGAUGACAAAGAGAAG